UCAAUUCGGCAGUUUGCUGGUAACAUCACCAUGAAGGCGUUUAUUGUAAUAUCGCUGUGCGUUGCGACUGUGUUUGCUGGAUACAGCGAGGACAUCUGGCUGACGAAGAAGAUCCUACCAAAAGGUUUGGAAACAUUCAAAGGUCCAGCCUAUAAUGGUAGAAUAGUUGGAGGUGUAGAAGUGAGCAUCGCUCAGUUUCCAUACCAAUUGUCUUUAAUGUCCAAUGGAAACCAUAUCUGCGGAGCCUCAAUAAUAUCCAGCAACUGGGCUCUUUCGGCUGCUCAUUGCACAUUUCCGUUGCCAGCCGUCUCUACAAUAAGCUUUCGUGGUGGUAGCACCAGCCGAGUCACAGGGGGAGUGAUUUUUCAAGCGGCUCAAAUCGUGAAUCACCCAAACUACAAUGCAAACACUCUCGAUUUUGAUGUCUGUGUCAUACGUAUCACGACGUCGUUUACUGGAUCGAAUAUCUCUCCGAUUCCACUGGUACCGUCUGGAACGGAUACGGUAAUUGGAACACGCAGUGUCGUAUCCGGAUGGGGUACCACCGUUCCCGGUGGAAGUCUGCCAACGAAUCUAAUGGCCGUUGAUAUUCCAGUUGUAUCACAGGCCGCAUGCAGUAGUCAAUGGGGAGCGUCACGAAUAACUGGAAAUAUGAUCUGUGCUGGAGAAGUCGGUCGUGACUCUUGCAACGGAGAUAGCGGUGGACCAUUGGUCACCGGUGGUCGUCAGUUUGGAGUUGUUUCCUGGGGUGCGGUCCAAUGUGGAGGGGCGCUUCCUGGUGUCUACACGCGAAUUGGCUCCGCUGGAAUACGUAACUUUAUUACAUCAAACACGGGUGUCUAGAAGAAAUAAAUCACCGUUCGCAAACUUAA